AUGGACCGGGAUCCUCUUCACGACAGUGUCCUCGAGGAAGCCACCGAAGAGGGCAAUGAAAGCUCAGGAUCGGCUCCUACCUCUCCAAUGACAGCUGCAGAGCGGGCGCCCUUGCCCGAUCACGUCCCACUUCAUGCGCCGCCAUAUGGACCUCCUCCACCCCAACCGGUCAAUGCUCCGUCGACAAUGGCCCACGUCCGAGCUCGUCGAACUGAACCCAGUGCAGGCUCCACCUCGACUUCAGCUGGAGUAGACUCCAUGGGCAUAGCUGCCACGUGGCCAACCCGGGCUCCCCACGGUGAGGCAGGUGACGCUCUGGCGGCCAAUAUCCUCCACCACCUCCAGCUGACCGGACCGGCGUAUGUGAGGGCCCCGGAGUAUGCCGAAGUCGCAACCUGGCGAUCUCUCCUGAUCAGCCUCAGGGAGGCCACGCCGGCCGAAGAGUACAUGCUUGCCAGAACAGACCCGCAGGACCUCAACAACGCCCUCUACGAUGACAACGUCGACAAUGGAGUCCAUGAGGUAGGUGGGGUAGAAACGGCACCAGAAUCCGAGGGACGUACUGAUGACCCCAACACCUCGGAAGCAGACUCGGAGAGCGAUCGAGACCGGACCGCAACAAGACCUCCCUCUGCUACCAUAGCCCCUGCCCUGGCGACCACCUCUAUCAUUGCAGCCGUGCCACCUCCAAGCGGCCAUCUACCUCCUGAUGACUCGGCAGAUACAGAGCCCGAUGCAACUGGCACGCUGUAUGAAUCAGAGGACCAAAGCCGUGAUCGCCAAGCAGAGUCAUCGGCCCCAACAGCAGGUGGACCACGAUCCAGAUCGAGUACGGCCAGCCACGACCUGGACCCUAAGUCCCCGCCUGUCCAUGACGCCCCUAGAGCCACGCACAGUCCCUCAGGUGAAGCCCGACAGUCUGGCAUGCGGAGCCUACCAGUUACGAAAUACCGGCCCUGCCAGCUCUUCCUAUGGUCACUUCUACAGCUCUUCCAGUGUAGCCGGUUCGCACCACAGCAGCCGAGACCGGCCCUCCCAUGCAAAAAAGUACCCCUCGGCCAGCCGCCUGACACAUACCUGCGUACUCCCUCACAGCGAGGCGGGCCAAUCAACCCUACUGUGGGUCCUCAUCCCAAUUGCAUCCUCCUUGCUCCGGUGUUGGCCCAGGUCAACCAGCCGGCACAGUGGUGCCCCCAACGUGACCCAGUCCAGUGCUGGACCGGAGGCAAGUCUCUCAGUCAUUGCCACCACAGCUCGUGGUCCCGAUUGCACCCUUGCAGGUGGUUUAGCCACUGCCACGGCAUCUGCCACAUCUCCUUUACCGACCCGCUCGGGUCCCAAGUCCCGAGGAUUCCAUGUAAGCUGGUUGCACAGACUUCUACUCGUCUACCUGCAACUCCAGUGUGUGCCGCCGUGGGAUCAGAAGCGAGGGUUGCAGCUCCUGUCACUAGAGCUGCUGGAGGUGCUUCCACAACAUUGCCUCCUUUGGCUUCGGCGCCGAAGCCCAGUGACCUCCCUAAUAGUCAUGGUCUGAGUUCGCGCGAUUAUAGCCGCUGCGUCAAACGUGCUUUCCAUCGAGCAUGCAACCGUGCACUGCAACAAGGCUCAACCCGCUACCGCGGGCGUACCCUGCGGGCACAGGAUGUGCCCUCUCAGUUUCGAGUGCCACAAGUGGGACUGCAAGCCCGACCCUCCUUCCGACAGGACCGUAUUCGCGGACUCCGUGUACUGUCUUGGAACUCGGGUGGACUUGGCUCAGGCCUAUACCCGGAGUUGAUGACUUAUUUAUCCCAGUCCUCCAUAGAUAUCGCCAUAGUGGUUGAGAGCCGUUGGACUGACCACUUCGAAUUCACGUCAGGAGAUUGGGUAUGUAUACAUGGAGGCUGUCGGUCCAGGAAAGAAGCCGGAGUCUUAAUCUUGAUUAGACAGUCCCUAGUGCCUCCGUCCCAACUUCGGUAUGAACACACCUUGCAGGGACGAAUCACGCACAUCCGCCUCCCCUUACCGGGACGAGAGGCCCGACAUUUACACAUCUUCGGCGUUUACCAAACAGUGCACAACCCGAAGGCUGCCACCUACCUUGAUCAGCGCCAGCAAGUCUGGCAAUCGCUCCACAAAAGCCUAGGACGUGUUCCUGUCAGGGACUCAAUCCUACUGGCUGGGGACAUGAACACCCCUGUGGCUACUGAUCUGCCCCAUGUAGGCCAUCAUGUGCUGCCUAUGCCACAGCAUCCACCGGAGGAUGCUCAGGACCUGGUUGAUCUAUAUCGCACCUUUGACCUUGUCUCUCUGAACACAUGGAGGCAUCCGACCUCUGGAGCUGCCUCCACCUUCAAAUGGGGACAGGUAGAAUCACAGAUUGACUUCCUGUGGGUACGACGACGUGAUGCCACGUCGCAGGCCAAGCAGGCCUAUGCAAUGAGGAGCUUCCAUGUGGGAGCCUCUAGGCAAGGUGGAGCCCAUCAUUUUCCCUUGCUCUGCUGUCUCAACCUGCGUAGGCCGCAUUGGACUCGUACCACAGCACGGGCUGUUCACUCUAUUGAUCGAGAGGCCCUACUGACUGCACUUGAUAAUCCCACUCAAGCUGAACAUGCGAGUCAGAUAAACCGCAUUCGACAAACUGCCCUACAACACAUGCAGGCCCAUCCUACGAUCGAUGGCAUCGAGCAGCUGCAUGCAGUCCUUUACCAAGCCUGUCUGAAAAUAUUCCCGAAGGCUGCCACCUCAGCUCGUGCCAAACCCUGGCAAACGAACGAAGUGCAGACUGGGAUCAGGUCCAUGUGGGACAAGUGGAGGGCUUUCAAAAGAAUCCGAAAGAACGGGUUACGAGGAUGGUUUUCAGCUUGGAAGGCUUGGCGCACUUUUACUGCUCACCAUAAACAACAUCAAGCUGCCUAUCGUGCUGCCCGUAAGCAGGUCCUGACAGUCGCCAUGGACGAGGCUCGUCAGUGUGCAUACAAGCACGACACACGAGGCAUCUUCCAAGUUGUGAAUCGAAUUGCCCCCAAGCAAACCAGACAUCGGCUCCAACUACGAGAUGCUCAAGGACACAUGCUUGAUGCUGCCCAAGAGGUGGACCUCCUGGCUUGUCACUUUAAACAGCGUUUCUGUGAAACAGAUGCCACUGCCCUGGCUGCCACCAGAGGUCCCUGGUCCACUUCUGCUGCUCCGGACCUUGAUCCUACUGCACUCUCCCAACAGCUGAUGCUGGUUCCGCGUCGCAAAGCAGUGCCGAAAGAACACCCACCGAGUGCAGUUUGGCGAUGCUGUGCAGAUCUUGUGUCACCGUGGCUGUGUGCAUGCCUCACGCAGACAUGGGCCUAUACAGAGAUCACUGUGCCCCCUAGCUGGGCGGAUGUAGACCUUGCUCUGGUUCCCAAACCGGGAAAACCGGGCACUAAACCGGAAGACCACCGGCCCAUAGGCCUAUCCUGCCCCCUGGGUAAGAAAGUCCUCAGCUGCCUGGUUGGACCCUACAUACCCCAGAUGCUUGCUGCUAUCCAACAGUUUCCGCAAUACGCCUACCAGCAAGGUCGGGCCCAGUACGAUGCACUGCGCAGAGCUUUCAAGCAUUGUGCCUCUGUCAGGGAAGAACUUGGCCACCAUCGCAGGGACCUGCACGCCCGGAAAGCAGGCCACAGGCCCACUCCUCUUUUUGGUGCCUUGAUGCUAACCUUAGAUCUGUCACAGGCGUUCGACAGAAUGCCUCGCCACCAUCUUCUCCAAGGAAUGCGUGACCUGCAGCUGCCUGAUAGUCUUGUUGCUGUGGUCAUGCAGUGGCACUCACAAAUCCGGUACACCGUGCAUCAUGCUGGCCAGUCCUGCACCUUCCCGGCAAGCCGUGGCAUUCGCCAAGGCUGCUCUGCAUCCCCUCUUUUAUGGCUGGUAUUCUCGCAUGUUCUGUGCACUCAGCUUGCGGCCCGCAUUGGCAAACACAAGGUGGACCAAAUUCUCACCGUCUUUGCCGACGACCACUUUGCAGCCGACAGCUUUCAUAGUCUUCCGGAGUUUGAGGCCCUUCUUGACUGCAUUGUCGCUCUGUUCUGCACCCUUGAAGCCUUCGGCAUGGAGGUCAGUGAUGCCAAAUCUAAAGCCGUCUUGGCCUUAAGAGGCACCUUGAGCAACACCAUCACCCGCAGAUAUGUUCGCAAGGUCCCGGGGGGCAAAGUUCUUCGCAUUCAACUUCGCAAUCGCGUCCUGGCCAUUCCCCUGGUCUCACAGUUUACGUACCUCGGUGCUCGGGUUAGCUAUCAGGCUUUUGAGAAUCAAACUCUGCAGUAUCGGCUAGGGAAAGGAACUGCCACCUACAAUCGCCUUGGCUCUGUUCUCAAAGGGCGCCAUCAUCUGACUGCCGCCCAGAGAAUCGAUCUGUGGAAAUCCUGUGUCUGGAGCAGCAUCUCCUAUGCACUGCCGGCCUGUGGCCUCACUCCCUCAGGUCACAAAACUUUGGAGACUGCUGUGAUCAAGCACCUCCGUGCCAUUCUCAGAAGCCCCGUCCAUCUCACCUUCACAAGUAAUGCAGAGAUAGCUCAACAGGCGGGUCUCGAACUACCGCAUCGUAUGCUGCAGAAACUCCUCCAGACGGAGGCUCGUAGAAAAUCCAAUGCAUCAUCACCAGUCGACCCCUUCAUCUGUACCCCUGCUGAUUCAUGGUGGAAGCAGGUCGAAGAGAGUCUUCAGCCACCAGCUGAGUCGACUACGAUUCAAGUGCCUUCCCUGACUGUUGCAAAGUGCGCCUGCCCGAUAUGUGGCAUUACAUACGCCCUCAGAUCUGCACUGCUUACUCAUGUGGCCAAGCAACAUCCGGAGAGUCUGCUUGAACUUGAGCAACCAACUUUUGAUCGGGCCGUUGAUGCUAUAGGAGGAAUGCCCCAGUGUGCAGCGUGUGGAAAACGAUUUUCGACUUGGCAGCUUCUCCAACGACACGUGGCGGGCAAUUACUGUGCCGCGAAACACGAGUUGCUGCCUGCCGCCCCGAUCGAGCCAAUUGUGCCAGCAUCCAAGCGACCUGCACUCUUUGCUGAAUCACCAUGGCCUGACCUAGUUCAGACAUAUGAAUCCCGCGCUAUCUACCACUCCAAAGCCAACGAAGUCUACCUUCAGCAUUGUUUAGUUUGUGGACAGUGGGUUGCCUCGCACAAAGCCAUGAAGCUGCACUACCCUAUACGGCUGCACACAGAAAUGGCGGACCAACAGAUCCACGAGAUCUUCGGGCCAGUGGCCCUGGAGGGAGCGGGCAAGCUGGCCAAUCUUCUCAUGGAGGACAUGUCGGACAACGAUCGUCCGUCCAAGCACCCCAAGACGGACAAGCGCCAGAGGGCGCCCUUCGCAGAGCCUUCAGGAGGGGGCUUCGGCCCCCGUUACAGGGGGCAGAAUCGACACGGUCGCCAGGACAAGGAGGCAGCUUUGAUCAAGGCGAUGGGCAGAUUGGUGAUACGCCAAGAGACCCAAUUGCAGGUCCUGAAGCAAAACUCUGCCUGGACCCUCUACUUGAAGCCGGGCCAAUCCGGGGGCAUGCCGAUUCUGUUCAAAGCUGCAGCCACAUAUCGCGAGGCCUCGAAGACCAAGUUCAUGGAAGCUCCCCUCAGGGCGGUCUUGCUGAGCACCCUGUUUCAGACUCUGCUUACAUGCCUGCAGAACCUGGCCGCGCAACCGGAUCAGCAAACUCAGGCCAAAACCAAAGGCUGGCUGAACAACGAGGGCAAAUGGGUAUAUCAACGUUGGGACCCCGAGAACCAGACCCUCACGACCGACGCCUCAAGAGCAGCAGUGACACACCAAGAGAUCGUCAAUCAUGUUACCCUGUUGGUGACAGCAGUGACGGAAAAGGACGUGAUUCAUCGCUUCAAUGCGACGAACGGUCUACCGGCCAAUCCAGAGCAAAUCACGACUUUCCUCUUGGAAGUGGGACUGAGGGCCACGGGAGUCGAGAAGGUCUGGGCAGCCCUCGAGUUCCUAUCGAACUCGACGGCCCUACAGCUGUGUGGCAUGCAACUCAAACGGGACAAUCUCAAGAGGAGCUCGCUUGCCAACGACGUGCAGAAAUUGCUGCAGGACUACACAGGCUCUGCUUGA